UAAUUUUAGUUAAACUUCUGGAUUGAUUUGCUGCAUAAUCAGAUUAUGCGCGACAAACAAUAUACAAGAAGUAUAGCGUUUGAGUGGUGGAGGAACUACGAAACCAGGAACGGAAGGAUAGACAAGACGACGCCGUCCUCUGAAGCAUUUACUUCUCAGCUGCAGAAUUCCAAAAUUGAAGUAACUGAGAAAAGUCAUAUUUGGCAUUUUCUAACUGGUUCUCGUUUCAGCUUAUGAAAUCAAUGAAAUGGCCGCUUAUGCAAAAGACUAAUCAGAAACUCUAACCCACUCCCUAAGCGGGUUUUUCUUUCUAUUCUUCACUAAAUGGCUUCCACUCUGCAACUUUCGUUUCCUACAUCUGCUUCUGACUACUUCACAAGGACCAAGAAGACCAGGACUCCUCGCCACCUUCAAAUUGUCUUCUCUUCCCCGCAGCCAAAUUUUCAAAGAGGUGAGGAAGACAGUCAUCAGCCUUAUCAUUGCAGAAAUGAAGGGAAGCCGCAUGUGAUAUUGGUGGAAAGAUAUGGCAAUGGUACUGCUAAGAGGUUUUUGGUAGAUGAUGCCUUGCAGUUAGAGACUAUUUACGAGGAACAUACACCAAGAUCUAAUAAGUCACAGUUCUCUAGUACAAAUUUAUAUUGGCUUCCAGAUACCAUCAAAGAUUUUAUUUUACCUGCAGGCUUCCCAGGAUCAGUUUCAAAUGAUUAUUUGCAGUACAUGCUGUUACAGUUUCCCACAAAUGUGACUGCAUGGAUCUGUCAGACGUUAGUCACUUCAAGUCUCCUAAAGGCUGUUGGUGUUGGUUCAUUCUCAGGGAGUACUGCUGCUGCUUCUGCUGCCGCCAUCAGAUGGGUGUCAAAGGAUGGCAUUGGAGCUCUUGGACGCUUAUUCAUUGGUGGUAGAUUUGGAAAUCUCUUUGAUGAUGAUCCAAAACAAUGGCGUCUAUAUGCAGACUUUAUUGGCAGUGCAGGAAGCAUUUUCGAUCUUACAACACCGUUGUAUCCUGCCUAUUUCCUUCCGCUGGCAUCUCUUGGAAAUCUUACCAAGGCCGUUGCAAGAGGACUCAAAGAUCCUUCAUUCCGUGUGAUUCAAUACCAUUUUGCAAUCUCAGGAAAUCUGGGUGAGGUGGCAGCUAAGGAGGAAGUUUGGGAAGUAACUGCACAGCUGCUUGGGCUUGGUUUGGGCGUACUAAUCCUGGACACACCUGGCCUUGUAAGAUCAUACCCAAUUUUGGCAAUUACUUGGAUGGGCACGCGGCUUCUGCACCUUUGGCUACGUUAUCAAUCACUUUCAGUUUUGCAAUUUAACACAAUAAAUCUUAAGCGUGCUCGUAUACUGGUAAAAUCGCAUGUAUUGCACUCUUCUGUUCCAGGAAUUACUGAUUGCAACAGAGAAGAAAACAUAUUGUUGUGGCAAAGGUUCAUAAAGCCACGGAUCAUUUUUGGUGUGCCUCUGGAAGAGAUUAUGGGUGGCGAGAGAUCUGUUUCCACGUUGAAGGCACUAAUGAAACUAUACGAGAAGGAAAAAUUUAUUCUUGUGGUGAACAAACAACAAAUAGAAUUCGAAGUCUUAGUAUCAUUCAAGGUGGGAGCUACUGGUAUGUCUGUCUUGCGAAGCCUGUGGCAGACUUAUUGGCUGCAUGAGAAGUGGGACAGCUUUGGUGAUGCGUUUGACCAGCUUGCUCAAAGCCUAAAGGAGAUGGAUGAUAAUUUUGAGGACUUCAUUCAACAGUUAAAUAUGACUGGUUGGGAUACUCAGCAAAUAAAUUUAAAGGUCCCCAAGGAAAUUUCCAUAGAUGAAUUGGACCCCAUUUGAUAUGCAUACCAUAAAUAUCUCCAUGAAAAAUAUUUUGUGAGUCAUAUCAUUCUUGCACUAUGUAUAAUUUUUUAAAUUAAUCAAUUAUUUUUUUUUAUA